AUGACUAUAGAACCAAUAGAAGCGCUACGAACGGACUCCCUCUCUCCCAAGCCAGAUAUGCGACCACGACCGACUGCCACAAUGCGUCGUGUUUUAACCGAGCCAGCCAUUGUGCAAAGGGAACGCGUCGCGACGUCCGCGCCAAGGACAGUUGUCGAAACACUCUACAGCCAUCCGGACGCCAGAAUUGUUUCUUUCACUGCUUCAGUCCAUUGCCAAUCGGAUACUGCGGGAGAUAGUGCUCGAGCACCAGAGGACGGAGAUGCUGGCAAUUUAGCAUGGUGGUCCCCCCUAGAGCGAACCAUCGCAGUAGGCGCAUUUUGCGUAUACCGCGCCCCCGGGUCGGUUGCCUUUCUAAGUUGUGGAUCUGCUCUUCAACCUAUCCUACCUAAGAGUCAAUGCUGGCGCGUUGAUCAACAAAACAGCAAAUUCAUACUGCAAAUUCGCCGUCCUUACUAUUGGCGGAUAGAGCUGCCAGUAUCAAAUAUCGAGCAAAUGGAUAAAGCCCGGCAAUUCAAAGAUGCUCUGGAAAAAGUCCUCUUAUUCGAGAAAACCAUAUGCCCUUUCCGCCGGGCGUUUACGGUCGAACUACCCAAAAGACCGGAGGUUAGACUGAAGCCGUGGAGACCUGCAAGGAGCCAGAAGGCAUAUUGCGACAAUUGCGAGCUACUGAAAAAUGGUUUAAAUAGUGAGGCGGCUGCAUUAUCACCUAUUCUGCCCGUUUUUGAACACCAUUAUGACUCUACGAUCCCUUCAUGUGAACAACCAACAACACAGGUCUCUGACACUACGAUUUCCCUCGUUACGCCCAUGAACGAACAGGCCAAAAAGACUUGUACCACUUCUUUCAAAUCAUGCGAAUCAUUGACGGAAGCGAGCUGGUGUGAGCCGAGCACUAGUGCAGAGAAGAACACUGUGAUGGCAUCCGUCUCCAAUGCCGCUGUACGGCUACACGAGUACAGACCUCAAUACAGCUCGCCACAUCUACUGUUUGAUGAUAGUCAUUUGGAUAGUCAUCAACCCCAGGGACAACGUGACUCGGACACUCGUCAUAGGUUACAGUGGGAUGUAGCUACAUCUUCGCUUCCAACUGGGGUAGAACCGACAGACGUGGCGAGAAGUGACGGAUGCGAAGUAUUUCUCGAAAAACACGAAGAACUCGGAAGCCAAGAUAAUUUGCAAAGACCUAAGCUUAGAUACUUCCUGGGCUGUCGUGGCGGCCAUCCAUUGACGCAGAAUUCUGUGGCACCGCAUCUGCCUCUCCAGGACAAUGAAGCCACUGAAACAAUUUCUAGCGAGGAAUCGCUGGAGUCCUUUUACACUGCUCCGUCUAGCUUGGAUUCCGACGUAUUGCUCGUGAAUAUCGCCGCCGAAAAAUUACCUCGAAGACCACAAGCACAGUUUCGUAGCAUAGAGGUAGCGUCGAACUCAUCGUCUGACGCCAAGGAUCAAACGGACCUAGACGGCAUUAAAAUCGAGCGCUCAACAAGUACCUCGAUGCUCGAUAUGCAGGCAAAUGGAAUCAGAAGAAGAUCACCGAAGAAGAAAUUUAAUCCGUCUAAUCCGUUGGUGGAGUUGCAAAGCAACAGGGAGUUAUUCAAUCCCGUAAGAGGAAGAUUGGGUACAUUAGGCAACCUUCCCCGAGCUAUCGUGAGCAAGACCUACAACUUAUUGAUUGGCCCCCCUAGUCAUCUCGUUGCACUCAUGCUCAGGGUCGCGGCAAGAAUAUGCGCUGGCGAAUGGAAGGGGGAUGAUGUCGGCUUCACUGCCAAUGGCCAUGCUAUUCCUGUCAGAUGGGAUUAUUCUAAUAGCAAACUCAGCAACGAAGAUUUUCUCAAUGACUACAUGGCUGACUAUCAUUCUUGGCGUGCAGGCCAGCCCAAAAAGGUUUCUUAG